GAAAACACUGCUCAGCUUUCUGCUUGAAAUGCAAAUAAUCAGCAAAUAAAAUAAAAAUCAAUACAAAGCAACGAUACUAGCCCACCAUAAUUUUAUUCGCAUGCAAAGAACAAAUAAUAUUUAUUUUAGUUAAAAAGUAACCCUCCCGCUGACUCUCGAAACUGCGGUAAAGAAAAUGUACUUUUUUACGAGCUCUGAACUUUCGUGCCAGUGACGUUUAGGGUGAAAGAGCAUCAAAAGUAAACAAGAUGGCGGCGGUCAGUAAUGAGCAACGUGAAUCUGAUGAGAAUGUUUUGAAUCAGAGUACAGAAGAAGAAGAUUGCACUGUUCUUAGUUUUAAAGAAUUGGGAGUUACAGAUGUAUUGUGUGAAGCUUGUGAACAACUUGGAUGGAAGCAGCCAACCAAAAUCCAGAUAGAAGCUAUCCCACUGGCUCUGCAGGGACGAGAUGUUAUUGGACUUGCAGAGACUGGCUCGGGUAAGACAGGGGCAUUUGCUCUCCCAAUUUUGCAAGCCUUGCUGGAAACCCCACAACGUCUCUUUGCCCUUGUACUGACUCCAACACGAGAGCUUGCCUUUCAGAUUUCAGAGCAGUUUGAAGCUUUGGGUUCUUCCAUUGGAGUGAAAUGUGGUGUUAUUGUUGGAGGAAUUGACAUGAUGGCACAGUCACUAGUCCUGGCCAAAAAGCCCCAUGUAGUCAUUGGUUACCCUGCUUCUCUAGUUAAUCAAUUGGCUCAAGAGGUCACUGAAAACGGAGAACAUAAAUUUUUUCCGUUGUUGGGUAGAGGUUUGCAGGUGGUUGAGCAAAGUGAGCAACCUGAGCAAUUUGAUAUUCACAAUAGUUUCAUUUACACAUUUUCUAAAGAUUCUCAGCAGGUGGAACAAACGGUGUUGAAACAUUGGCCUGUUUUAACACUUCAUGAAGAUUUUAAGAACAUAACAUUUUCCAGUACUUGCCUUAUUGAAAUCAGGUUUGCUGGUGAGCUGAAGACUGUUCACAUACUUGGCAGGCAAAAAGUAAGAACGGUUGAUAAAAUUUUGAAGGUGAUUCCUAGGGAAAGGAGGACAUUUCUCUUCUCUGCAACAAUGACCAAGAAGGUACAAAAGCUCCAACGGGCUGCAUUAAAAGAUCCUGUAAUGUGUGCGGUUUCCACUAAAUACCAGACAGUUGACAAAUUGCAGCAGUAUUACAUCUUUAUCCCAGCCAAGUUCAAGGACUGCUACUUGGUUUAUAUUUUGAAUGAGCUAGCUGGCAACUCUUUCAUCAUAUUCUGCAGUACGUGCAACAAUACACAACGUACAGCUCUAAUGCUUCGCAACCUGGGUUUCAUGGCCAUACCACUGCAUGGCCAGAUGAGCCAGAACAAGCGUCUUGGUGCCCUGAAUAAAUUUAAGGCAAAAGCACGGUCAAUCCUUUUAGCUACAGAUGUGGCGAGUAGAGGACUUGAUAUUCCUCAUGUGGAUGUGAUUAUUAAUUUUGACAUUCCGACCCACUCCAAAGACUACAUCCACAGAGUGGGAAGAACAGCCAGAGCAGGUCGAUCGGGAAAAUCAAUCACCUUUGUGACACAGUAUGAUGUUGAGCUUUUCCAACGUAUUGAACAUUUGAUUAUGAAAAAGCUCCCAGCAUUCCCUGCUCAAGAAGAAGAGGUAAUGAUGCUGGUGGAGCGAGUGGCAGAAGCUCAGAGAUUUGCACGGAUUGAAAUGAGAGACCAGUCUGAAAAGAAAAAACGUCGAAAAGGUGAUGAUGAUGACACUGAAGAGUCUACAGGGGUUCGCAAGAUGGUAGCUGGUGGGAAGAUGCGGAAGAAAAAGAAAUUUCACUAACUGCAUUGACAGCCCUUGUAAAACUUCAUUAAAAUGGACUGCGAGCUGUCUGCCCGAGUUCAUCUAGAUCUUGAAAGGCUUAGACAACUGACCGUCCUUAUUGUAACAUAGUUUGGCCAGAUAGUAAAGGGGACAUUGAAAACAAAACAAAGAUGAUUCUGAGUUCCAUUGCUUGCAGAAUUCUUUCAGAAAGUUUGUCUCAUCUUUGUCCUGUUCAUUACAGUUGUGCCAGUGAAUUUGCUGAGCUUGCUGCUAGGAACUACAGCAGUGAACUGCAGUUAUUACCUUAUAAAUUUCCGUAAAGCGGGAAGAAGUUUCUUGUCUUGGAUUUAAAUGCAUUUUAUGGAGAAUGACUACAGCAAGACACAAUUGCUUCACUUUGCAGAUGGGCCAUGAACUUAAACUGCUUUUGGAGCUGGCAUAGGACCAAUUUGUUAAAGUUCUUAGCCUUCUGAUUUUGCAGAAGCCAAAAACAGUUACUAAAGUGCAUUUUGCUACAGGUCCAUUUGGAAAAUUAACAGACUUGAGGAAGAAUGUUAUUUUGAUGAUGUUUACAUCUCCAAGGUAACCUAUCCAUCAUAUUUAAAAAGGAACGCAAUGUAAAAAUUUGGAUGUAAUAUUCUGUAAGAAAAGCUUCUGUUCAAAAAACUAUUUAUAUUAAAAAUAUUACUUUUGUUUGCA